AUGCAGUCCGCGCAGACCGUCUUAGCGCACGGGGCAUGUCCUUCGGGGCUGCUUACCCCGGAGCUGCAGAGCUUCCUGGAGAUGAAUCUGCCCAAGGCGAAGGGCAAGGCGGGCAAGAAGGCGUCGUACCAGCUGGGCGUGUCGGAGUCGAAGCUCGGCUCCGCCAUUCAGGAGACGGCGGGCGUGCCGUGCGUCAGCAACGACCUCGUCAUGGAGCUCAUGCGCGGCGUGCGGCUGCAUUUCGCGCGGUUCGUGAAGGAGCUGAAGGAGGGCGACGUGGCGAAGGCGCAGCUGGGGUUGGGGCACAGCUACAGCCGCAGCAAGGUGAAGUUCAACGUGAACCGCGUCGACAACAUGAUCAUCCAGGCCAUCUCGCUGCUCGACACGCUCGACAAAGACGUCAACACCUUCUGCAUGCGCGUCAGGGAGUGGUACUCGUGGCACUUCCCCGAGCUCGCCCGCAUCGUGACGGACAACUACACGUACGCGCGCGUGGCGCGGCGCGUGAAGGAUAAGGCGACGUUGACGGAGGAGGCAUUGGCGGAGCUGACGGAGAUCAUCGGCGACGAGGACAAGGCCAAGGAGGUGCUCGACGCCGCCAAGGCCAGCAUGGGCCAGGACAUCUCGCCGAUCGACCUGAUCAACAUAGAGGCGUUCGCGUCGCGCGUGGUGGCGCUGGUGGAGUACCGGCGCGACCUGCACUCGUACCUGUCCGCCAAGAUGCACGACGUGGCGCCCAACCUGGCGGCGCUGAUCGGCGAGAUGGUGGGCGCGCGCCUCAUCUCGCACGCGGGCAGCCUCACCAACCUCGCCAAGUACCCCGCCAGCACCGUGCAGAUCCUCGGCGCCGAAAAGGCCCUCUUCAGGGCGCUGAAGACGAAGGGCAACACGCCCAAGUACGGGCUGAUCUUCCACUCGUCGUUCAUCGGGCGUGCGUCCGCCAAGAACAAGGGGCGCAUCAGCCGCUACCUCGCCAACAAGUGCUCCAUGGCCUCGCGCAUCGACUGCUUCUCAGAGGCAUCGACGAGUGUGUUUGGCGAGAAGCUGAAGCAGCAGGUGGAGGACCGGCUGGAGUUCUACGACAAGGGCGUGGCGCCCAAGCGCAACCUCGACGUCAUGAAGGCCGCCAUCUCCGCCGCCAAGGCCGAGGCAGAGGCUGAUGUCGGCACCAAGCGACCUGCAGAAGGCGAGGCGGCAGCAGGGGGUGCAGCAGAGGGGACACCAAAGAAGAAGAAAAAGGCAGCAGCAGAGGCGGAUGGGGAGACGCCAGGCAGUGGCAAGAAGAGCAAGAAGGUCAAGGCCGAGGCUGCAGGGGAGGCAGCAGCCUGCGACUUCUACCCGCAUCGUUCCACCGCCGCCACUGGCGCGCCCGCUGCCGCCGGGGCAUCCGCCGAGCCCCGCCCCUGGUUGAGUGCGGCGUGCACGUGGGCGGCGCCGUUCGCCCUGGGCGCCGGGCUGGGCGCGGUGGCGUGCUCGCUGCUGCUGCUGCCCCUCGCGCUCACGCCGCUGGGCGCGCAGGGAGGGGACGAGGGGCUCCUGCUGCAAUCACACGCGGACACGUGGCAGGAGGGGCAAGGGGCGUGGCAGGGGGGAGCGGCAGCAUCGUGGGACCAGCCUGUGGUACCUCAUCCGCGUGCCUCUGCUGCGAGUGCCGCACUGCCCUUGGCGCCCCUCGCUGCCCUUGACUCGGGCACUGCAUCUGCCAGUGGUGGUGCGGCGGGUGAGAGCGAUGGUGACACGGAGGCAGCAGAGGUGUGGGCGGGAGAUGCUGCCAUGCGUGAUUUACAAGGCAGGCACCCAGCAGUGCGCGCGCUGGUGGAGGCGAACGGGCAGGUGAUGCGGCAGCAGCAGCAGGCGGUGGCGGUGGCGGAGGAGGACGAGAGGGGCAUGCACGCCGUGCUCACUGCCGCCCUGCAGGAGCUGGAGAGGGAGCGUCUCAUGCCACAUGGCACCGUGUCAUUGGUGCAGCCGGAAUCCCUGGCGGCGCUGGCAGAGGCAGUGAGGGCGAGGCAGGGGGAGGCAAGCAAGGCAGGCGCGGAGGGGCAGGCAGCAGGCGGCGCAGCAGGCGCAUUGCAGGCAGCAGAGCAGGCGGUGCUUGGUGCAGUGGCAGCGGCGGGAGGGCAGACGGCGGACUUCUCGUCCCUUGUCAGCGAGGCACAGGCGGCUGGGCGCGUGGGGCGCAUGGGGCAUGGUGCAGCAGGGGCGAGCGCGGGAGAGGGGCAGGGGGAGGGCGCAGCGGAUGGGGAGAUAUGGGGCGGUGGGAGGGAGGGGGUGAGGCGGUGCAUGGUGCUGCAGUGUGCGGUGGAGAGACAGCAGCGGGCAGUCGCUGCAGGUGCGUUGAGGGUGACAACACACAGGGCGGGCUGGGCUGGCUUGGGGGAUGGACGUGGGAAAGCACGGCAGAAGGAAGGGUGGCAAGUGCGUGUGGCAGUGGUGGCAUGUGCGUGUGGCAGUGGUGGCAUGUGCGUGUGGCAGUGGUGGCAUGUGCGUGUGGCAGUGGUGGCAUGUGCGUGUGGCAGUGGUGGCAUGUGCGUGUGGCAGUGGUGGCAUGUGCGUGUGGCAGUGGUGGCAUGUGCGUGUGGCAGUGGUGGCAUGUGCGUGUGGCAGUGGUGGCAUGUGCGUGUGGCAGUGGUGGCAUGUGCGUGUGGCAGUGGUGGCAUGUGCGUGUGGCAGUGGUGGCAUGUGCGUGUGGCAGUGGUGGCAUGUGCGUGUGGCAGUGGUGGCAUGUGCGUGUGGCAGUGGUGGCAUGUGCGUGUGGCAGUGGUGGCAUGUGCGUGUGGCAGUGGUGGCAUGUGCGUGUGGCAGUGGUGGCAUGUGCGUGUGGCAGUGGUGGCAUGUGCGUGUGGCAGUGGUGGCAUGUGCGUGUGGCAGUGGUGGCAUGAAAGGCAUGCAUGCAUGCAGCACGUGCUCUGUACACUGCACUCCGUGUCCUGUCCCUCCCUUCUCCACUUCUCGCCCUCCCAUUCGCCCUCAUUCCUCUCUCGCCCCAUACCCCAUGCCCCGUGCGCGUUGCCCUCGUACCCCAUUAUGGCAGCGCGGGCGCGAGUGGAGGCAGAGCAGAGGGCGGGCAAGGCGUGGGCGGUGCUGCAGCGGCAGCAGCAGUGGGGCGAGGGCGAGGGCGCAGGCAGCAUGGCGGGGGAGGCGGUGCGCGCCGGCAGAGUGGUGACGGUGGGGGAUGUGGAGGCCAACCUCACUGCCUCGCCCUCUGAUGCCCCGCACGUGGACUCCUUCCACCGCCUGCUGCUCUACCUUCGCCCGCUCGCCUCGCUCUUCUCGCUGCCCCUCGCUGCCCUCCUCUCCCCCAACGCCACCCACCCACUCGCCCCUCGCGUGCAAUCCCUCAUCGACGCCACGUCAGCACGCCUGCAAGCCGCCUCUGCCAGCCUGGCGGCGGCCCAGUCAGCCUUGGAGUGGUCUGAGCGGCGGCUGUGGCUGCGGUGUGGCGUGAAGGCGGGGGGCACGGUGUGGGAGGAGCGGCACGACGGCGAGCUGCAGCGGUACAGAGCGGUGGCGGGGGCAGCGUUUGACAAGUGGUGUGUGGCGUGGGAAGAGGCUCGCCCCUCUCACCGCCUCACGGCUGCCCUCGCUGCCCCGCCUCACCUCUGGUGGCGCGGCGGCUUGUGGGAUGGCGAGCGAGGAGCAGCUGGGGCGGAGGGUGCUGCUGCAAGCGAGAGAGGAGGGGGGGUGAAUGCAGGCAGUGCAGCAGGCGAGGGGGAGAGGGAUGCUCCCGAGAUCUCCUUUCUGCUGCUGGCAGAUCCAGGAGCAGCGCAGCCUGCGGUGGCAGCAGUGGCGCCAGAGCAGGUGGUUCAGCGCCUUCAUGCCUGCGCCUCCACACUGCCUCGCAUGCACCCAGCAGCAGCAGCAGCACCACCCAACCCCACCCCUGAUGCUGAAACUACUCCUUCCGCUCCUCACAUGGGCCCUUCCCUGGCGGAGCUGCUGCUGCUGCUCCCACCUGACAGCACACACGCAGGGCAGCAGGGCGAUGGGCAGCCAAGCGACGAGCAAUGGGGCGAGGGGCAGCAGGCAGGUGGGGUGGAGGCGUGGCAAGCGGCGGGUGGCAGCAUUGACCCGCAGCUCAUGCUCGUGCUGCCGCUUGUGGCGCCGCAUGCUCAUGGUGCUGCCGUGCAGGUGAGCGGCGCAGAGGGUGGUGGCGGUGAGGCGGCAGAAGGCGGUGCGCGUGCAGCGCGGAUGGCCCCGAUGGCGGAGUGGGAGGGAUUCGAGCUGCUGGCCCGCGCUGCCACUGGCCGCCUGCUGCUCCUGCUGACGUGGCGAGACCUGCCAGCUGUGAUGCAUGGGGAGGGCGAGGAGGCGUGCAAGUGGCUGGAGCAGCUGACUGCAGGGAUGGCCGAGGAUGGGCGCAUGGGGGUGGUGGGCGUGCGGACAAGCAGAGUGGAGAGGGGCGUGGGGAGGGCAGAGGAGGAGGGGGAGGGCAGGCAAGGAGAAUGGGAGGGGGAGGUGGGUGGUGGGGCAGUGGUGGCAGCAAUGGCGCAGUGGGGUGCGGUGGGCAAGGAGGAGAGGGAGGGGGGGGGCGUGAGUGAGAGUGGUGAUGCAGGGGGCAGAGAGGAGGCAGGGAGGCGCCUCACAGGCUACGUGGGCGGCACUCCCCUGCUUGUGCGCCGCCACGCCCUCAUGACACUUGGCGGGCUGGGGUUGGCUCCCGGAGCACCAGCUGCAGGUCCGGCAGCAGCAGUGGCGGGUUGGGCUCUGUGCACGCGCAUGUGGCUGGCUGGAUUCAAGGUGACGGCAAUGCGCGCUAUCAGGGGACACACUUUGGGGCCUUUUGGAUGA